ACCAACCAAACUUGGAUUCAAAGAAGUAUCCAAAGAAAUAUCUAAUGGAUUCCCAAUUCUGCAAGUGAAAUUAAACAGCAUUCUGUCAAAACUGACACACAUCACGUGCUAAGCAACAACUUCCCUCCCAAAUCCCUCCCAUGAGACCCCUUCCUUCAAAUACCAUCCAUUUCUAAACGCUUUUCUUCUUCGAAUUCCCUUUCAAUCAAGGUUACUACACCUCUAUUUUGCUUUCUAAUCUCAUAGAUUUGUAUGAAAUCGAAAGUUAUAUGAACUGCAUUUACGGUGUUUAAUGCUCAGCCAUUGUUCAUUUUGUAUACAGAUCUCGAGUUCUGAAACGUACCAGAAGAAUCACCAAAUGAUGGAUCGGUGUGCGUAUCAACAACAGAACAACAACAACAACAGCAACGACUGCAACAACAAUGGUGUUUGGCUGAGUGGAGGAGAGAUGAUGAACGACGUUGUGUGCCCUAGACCUCGUCGUGUAGAUCGAUUGAAUCUAUACGUUAACGAUUCGAUCAUCUCGAGGUCGUCUCCUCGAUGGCAGCAGUAUUACGCCAUCGAUGGAAGUGAUUUGUGUGAUUCAGAAGCUGGGACUCAUCUUCUAGAUUUGAUUUUUACGAAGGAAUGUUUUGUUGCUGCCGAUAGAGCCAGCAAUCCGUUCUUUUGUGGGUCACCACCAAGUCGGGCAUCGAACCCGUUGAUCCAAGAUGCUCGGUUUGCUAACGAAAAUCCAUGGCCGUUAUCAACCGGUUUUGAAGUCUCGCCAUCUUCAUCGGCUCGUGCAAGGGUGAAAUUCGGGCAAAUGCCGGCUCCAGUCACGGUUGAAGGAUUCAACCGCCGAGGCAUCUCUACUUUCGCUUAGUCACAAACAUGAGGUGAAUUUUUGAGUCAAUUAUGGUGUCGUUUUUCCGGUACAAAUGAUGUUAAAUCCUACCGACUCUUCCUUCUACUACUCCUCCUAACGAUAAGAUGAUAACACUCGAUCAAAAUCUAAGAAAUGCUUAGAGUUUAACGAGUGGUAUCGUCUUAUUAGUAAGAGGAUACAUAUCAGGAUAUGUUAGAAAGAUUUAAUGUUUAUUUUUGUAUAUAUAGAGAGGUCAAAGAAGUGGCUUAUUAUGUGUCUUUGAGCUUUUGUGUUUAAUUGCUUCCAAUGUGUAUAUAUGUUAGCAAAGAAGGGCAAAAAAGUAAAAUACCUUUGCUGUUUUCGUGGGUCGUCUCUAAUGACUUGUUGUAACAGACGUCGUGGUUCAGGGCUCGCGUCUGACGUCACAUUAAGUCUAUGGUCUGCC